GUUCCGCAGAUCUUUGCAUUGAUUGUAGCUACGGAUUUUAUUGACAUUCGACACAAUUGUAGACGGAGACUUUUUCUAAAGAUCUGUUGGAGCGCUCAACUCUGAAUAGCUAAUUAUUUGGGGGUCUUUCAAAACACGUUUUUAAGAAGACGUUUAAAAUAUACCCCGACUAUAUGAAAGUAACCGCCUAGCCCUAGUUGUCAUUCCAAAACAUGAUUUAUCAGUUUGUUUGUUUACCCACACUUCCUAGCUAGACUAACGUUAGUGUUAUUGACUUUUGAUUAGUAUCAACAUUUGUUUUUACAAUGUGGUUACAGUGAAAUACUUUUUAUUUUUUACACAGGAGUGGUUGGUGGUGGAGGAAUUAAACAUAUUGCCAGUGACAGUGCUAUCAAGACGAGGAGGGGUUUAUCUUGAGGGCAAAGGGCAAGUGAAGGCAUUCAUCCCCAGUCUGCUGUUCCCAAACAUGGCUAACAGCAAAGAAAUCGAGAGAAGCAAAAGACUAACUGCAUUUGAGAUGUUAUCCAGUCGUACAUUUUUCACAAAACUUAUUACGGCACUGAAACGUUGUCCUCGUGACUGAGUGCUUUAGUGAGACUUGAGGGGUGGAAGAGAAGCAUAGGCUGAGUUUUUCCCUCUUUGCUGACUCGUUGAUAUUGAUUCUUGUAUUUUGUGUUUUUUGUUUUGUUUGGCAGAUGUAUCAUGUGCAGCGUAGCCUACGGAAGGAUGAUUAAGAAUCACGAAGAAUAUGUACAUUAGAGCCCGACCGAUAUGGGAUUUUUGGGUCCGAUACCAAUACCAUUUUUAGGGAGGCAGCUAAAUCACCGAAUAAUCUGCCUAUGUAUAGUUUUUUUAGAGCUGGAAUGAAAGUGUUUAUUUUUUGCAAACAUUUUACUCCAAUGGAUUAACAGAUACUCUAAAUGAUGAUUAAGAAUCACGAAGAAGAUGAGUUUGUUGCUGUGCGGGUCCAAGACCCUCGGGUUCAGAAUGACGGCUCUUGGAACUCGUACGUGGAUUUCAGGAUAUUCCUUCACACCAACAGCAAGGCCUUCACAGCGAAGAUGUCCUGUGUGCGCCGGCGCUACAGUGAGUUUGUCUGGCUCAAGAAGAGGAUGCAGAAGAACACUGGCUUGGUAUCCGUCCCAGACCUGCCCAGCAAGCCCUUCUUCUCCUUUAGUGGUGAGGACUUCCUAGAGAAGAGGAGGAAAGGCCUGCAGUCCUUCCUGGACAAAGUGUGCACCAUGACAGUGUGUCUGUCAGACAGUCAGCUCCACCUCUUCCUGCAAACCCAACUGCCAGUUGGUCACAUCCUGGACUGUGUGCAGGGCCACACCCCCUACACUGUGACAGAGGCCAUCCUCACCUACGGCUCAUCCAAUCAGGGCUGGGUUCCGGAAGAGGACUCGACCCAGGACCCAAGUCUUACUCCAGUUCCUUAUGAGUCCAUGGAGAGCCCUGCUCCUCAUCUACCUACCCUGCAAUGUGAAGAGCCCCUCAACCCUGUGAACCUCGCCUCCAGUGAGCCAGAGGGCCUAAUGACUGAGAAGUUUCUAGCUGACGCCCAUGACAUAGACGCUGUGGAGUUACAGCUCAGUGAGACUGAGACCCUUUCCCUAGAGGUCACCCAGGAGGACCACAAUGUAUUCCAGGUAGAGGCCAUCCUGGAGACACACAGCCCAGUGGAGACUAUCUUUAAGUGGGAUGGCCAUGAAGAAUCUACCCCAGAGAGGCUCGAACAUGAGGAGGUGAUCCACCAAGGGGAUUGUCAACAGCUGACACUUGUGGAACUGCACUGUGAAAAGGACACAGGCUUGGAAGAGGGAUGUGUAACGGAGUUGAAGACUGAGAGGGUCAUUAAGGAGGAGAGCCAUGCUAACAUACCUACAGAUAUAAUUCAUCCCAAACAGAGUAACCUAGACCUAGGCCUGGAGGAGGAGUGUGAAUCGGAAGUGGCCCUUGAGGGUGAGACCCAUACAGACACGACUACACAGACAAUCCCUCCCAAACAGAGUAGCCCAGAGCUAGACAUCCAUGAGGAAACUCCUCAAGAUGGAGAUGAUGGCCUAAGGGAGACAGUUCUAGAGGACCUUAACCCUGCGGAGGAAGCUCAAGAAAGCAUCAGUCACGAGAAGAGAACCUCAGAAGGGGACUGCAACACAGUAACAGCCAUUGAGCUGGACAGCCAAGGACACACGGAUGAGAGAAACUCCCACAUAGAGAUCAGCCUAGAGGAAGACUGUCAUGAGAUCACAACCGAAGAAGUGGAAAGUGUUGAUGACUCAACCCAAGAGGUAGAAAGUGGAGAUGUUGCAACCCAAAAGGGAGAAGUCGAUGACUCAUUUCGAGGUGGAAAGGCGGCUCCCUAGGACAUUCAACAAGUAGAAGAUCAGCUGGACACAACCAAAGAGGUUGAGAGACGAGGAAAUGAAUGGAGAGGAUGGGGAGAGUCGGGAAUGGGGAAACAACAACAUCCGAUGGGAGUAAUAAGGAGAGCGACGACAAGGAUUCUGCCAAUAAUGAAAAUGCAACACGAGACAAAUAGCUACAUGGAGAAGGGAAAUUACCAAACAGACCGCACAGAGGCAGAAGAAGUCUGCAACAACACAUUCUAAAGCCCGAAACGAACCAAGAUCCCUCACAUGAAGAAAUCACACCUGAGGUACCCAAUGCUCAGGGGACCAAUGGUGUCAGUCGGAGAGGGAAUUAGUCCGUUUAACUCAACCGGCUGUGUUGCCCCAAUGGUUUUAAUGUGGCAAAUAUUUUGGCAGUUAAUUCACAUGCCUUCAGAAAGCUGUGUGAUCCAGAACUGUGUCGCAGUUAAAACGUGAUUACGAGUUUGGAGUGGGUGAAAGUUACUUAUCGUGCAAUCAACUUUGACUGCGUUUUAUUCAUAACUUCUGGAGAAAAAAAAGUGUCAUCCUGCAUGCAUUCCCUUAGGUAUACUGCAUUGCUGUUGUGGGUUGGUUUCUGGGUUCAGCUUGAGCAAACGGGGGGGUGAGUGUCGUUCCACCUAAAAGCACAAGAAAGAGGAUUUCGACACACACAAUCUCAGAUUGUCCUGAAAUCGUUUCUGUAGUUAGAAACAGAUCCAAUUAGCAUUCCUGAAAGAUUAUUUUGUGGAAAUAUAAUUUGAUCUCUGAGGAAUUAAGCAAAUUGAUUGCACCCAAAUUGGCCAUUUUGAAUGAUUGGAUUCAUAUAAUCGUCAAUAAAUAUAGUACCUAACAUCCUAUUUGAAUCAUAAUUCUUCCUGACAGAUGAGUACGACGUGAACAAAAUCCACCCAUGGACCCCCCACACUACACCAAUCCCACCCCAAUAACCAGUAUACAGUAUCAAUUUCCUAUGUCUGACAUGGAGCUGCGCCUUGGAGUAUUGCUUUUUCAUCCUAUGUAAUGUUUUCCCUGUGAAUCUGGUGAAGUUAACCCCCCACACACACACACACACACACAGUUUUGCUGGUCUCCUGUGUUUAUUAAAUGGAUCGCAACGUUUUCUUUGCAACUUUGGGAAGAAAACCAAUAGCUUUUGCUCAUGAUGAAAAUAAAUGUUGUGGUCAUCCUCCCAAUUCUAGCCAGUCCUCCAUGAAAGCAGUUCAGUUUGUCCUCCUAUUGGGCUUAAUCUGUGUCCAGGAAAGGUCUGGAUUAGUUAGACCAUUCCUGGUGAAAAAGCAAACCAUUUAGGCUACAGCAGUCCAAAUGGUUUCAAUCUUAUGUUCGUUAAUGGUCUUCAGUGGUAAAAGUACCAAACACGCACUGUAUAGUGUUUUGCAAUGGUGUUGGGUUUAAUGGUAAAUAUCACUAAUCACACUACAUACAAAGAUGUUUUCUAAUAAUUGUAUUGAAAAACAUAGGACUGCCAUGCAGUGGUUUAUAAUUUUAUUAGGGUUGUCACAACAUUUUAGUCACUAGCCCAUUUCGCUGUAACAUUUUUGACCUUGUAGGAAAAAUCUUCAUAUGAGAAUUGCACCAUAGGGAUAACCCUCUCAGAGAGCUGCCAUUUGUUGGACUAUUCAAGGAGAAUUGGGUUGAAGCAUUUGGUUGCUAAGAGAAAGACAAACUGAAUUGCUUUCAUGGAGGACUGGCUUGACUUAUGAGGUUAAAGUUGCAAAGAAAAUGUGAUCCAUUUAAUAAACACAAGAGACCAGCAAAAUGGAUGUGGCAGUAGCAGGAACAGUGGCAUCUAGUGGGCAAAACCUGAUACUUUCACACAAAUGUAUGGUAAAUAAUACAGAAACGAUUUCUGAACAAUCUGAGAUGGUGGGUGUCAUUUCUUGCUGAAAUGACAUGGAAGGACUCAUGAGGCUUUGUGUUUCUCAUGUCAGUCUUGUCAGCCAUGAUAGCCAGUUGAACCAAGGCUGCAUGGACACUAGCUUUACUAACCUCUCUGUCCUCGGGGUGGAGUUAGUUACAGUAUAGAUAUAGUAUAGUAAACUACUCAACACUGGUAUCAUUGUAAAUCAUUGUCAACAUGUUACACCAAUGCAGUCAGAGCUAACAUAUGCUUUUACUGUUCUUUUUGUUCUCAUAUUCAGCAUUUUAACAGGUGCAUUAGUUAUUUUAAGUGGCAUAAAAGUUACCCCUUUUAUGUUAUGUAGAUGGUUGACAGACAGUUUUUUUUUCACUUAUGUAGUUCAGACAAGGAUGUACAUGAGCAAUAUACCAACCUAAAAAUAGUCAAUAACAACCUAGGAAUGCACCUAUUGACAACAAUGUUUCUUUGGAAUAUCAUUUUAAUUGGGAAUAAAAUGUUUUUUCCCCCA